UAAACCACAUUCAGAACCUCGGAGGAUUCAGUUCGGACUCGGAGUUCGGACUUCGGCCGGUCAGUCUGCGCCGCGCGCUUUUCGAGUGUGGACGUAUUGCUCAUUUUCGCACCGCCCGCCAAAAUUACGCACGUAAAACUUUCUUCGUGUCAAAAAUUGUGAAUCAAUGGUUGUUUCGCUCAGUUGUGAUACUAAAAUCGUUGAAUAAAUCAACAAAGUGGAUUUACAUGGUGAAUUAAAGGAUGUAGAUACAAUUAAAAGUGGUUUGGAAGUGAUUUUAAGUGAAAUGUUGCUUACGUAAAGAAAGGCUGUGAUUGUACGCUAGUACAGAUUUACUAUGGAGCUAAAAUCACCGAAAGCGAAGAAAAAGUCACCAAUAGUUUUAUCGUGGAAAAAAAUGUUACGCACCCCUGUCCUGCUACUCCUCCUGCUCGGCUCGAUAAACUGUGACAGUGACAGUGACAGCGACGUUGACGUUGACGUCGAAACGUCAAACUCUACCCACAGACUAAGCGGUCUCAAAUUGAGGCACAGAUCCGCACACGUACAUCCCAAAUCAAAUGACACUUUAGUGAAAGACAAACAGAUACUGAACGACAUUAGGUAUUUGAGGCGGCGUUUGAAUAAGGAGAUGGUGAAUUUUGUGAUGACUGACUCUCUAGUGGACGGCGAGAUCGAGAACCGUGUACAUUAUAACGGUGUAUCGGCUAAGGAGACUUCUGUGGCUCCUGAUGGCAGUGGGCUGAAACUCCGCCAAUUGACAGACGGCCGCCAUCUUGUCCAAGUGAUAUACACACCGAAUGGCGUCCUACAGGACUGCGAAUACAUUACAUCCACGAAAUCAGCGAGACACUUCAUCAAAACGUUGAGAAAAGAAUUAAAAAUGGCGCUAGACGAAGAAAGCUACAGAAUAUUGGAGAAAAGGCCAAAGAAUUCUGACGACGAGCGGUAUUAUCGCCAUUUUGGAAAUGUGACAUUUCGAAUUUUAAAAAACGGCGACAAGCUACCAACAGAUGUCGCUAGGUGGUUCAAUUAUGACAGAUUAAAAACGGAAUGCUUCGAAAGGCACGAAGAACUGACUUUAAUGAUGGAAAAUAGAAAGAAAAUCAGUGAGAACAGCUUGCAAAGGUCCCGCAGAUCGCUCAGGGAGAAUUUCAUAAUGCCGGGCACGAAAUGGUGCGGCGCUGGACAGUUGGCGGAGAGGUACAACGAAUUGGGGGCCGAUAGGAACGAAGAUAGGUGUUGUAGAGCCCACGACAACUGUCGGAUGAACAUCGGCGGCUUUAAGCGAAGAUUCGGCUAUUUCAACUUCAGCCCGUUUACGAUAUCACACUGCCGUUGCGAUAGGAGAAAAAAACGCGACUCUAUGGAACUCCUCCGAGUGCCGGGCACCAAAUGGUGCGGCAAAGGUUACUCUGCGACGCGCUACUCGCAGCUCGGAGGAUACACCAGGACUGACAGGUGCUGCCGAGUCCACGACUUGAGGUGUCCAUUUUGGAUCGGUGGCAUGGAGAAGAAGUAUGGACUGUACAACUGGCGUGUUAAUACUUUAAUGCAUUGCCGAUGCGAUGAAAGGUUCCGCGCAUGCCUCAAACUUGCUGACACGUCGGUAUCCAACAUGGUCGGGAAGCUUUUCUUCAACGUCGUCCAAACGAAGUGUUUCAUACUUAAACCCGUCAAAGUUUGCACACAGCGGUCUUGGUGGGGAAAGUGUACUAGACGGGGCGCUAUCAAACAAGCUUUCCUAAGGGAUAACCUACCGUAUUAGAAUGUACAGAUUUUAAUUUCGUUUCAAUUUUAGUGGAAGCGCCAUCUAGUAAGCAAAAGAAGUAAUAUUUGUUCCUCUGUUUCAUUGUUUAGAAUAUUUUCUAUUUCAUCCAAAAUGUACACACAGCGCUCUUGGUGGGGAAAAUUUACUAGAUGAGGCGCCAUCAAACAAGCCUUUCUUCAAAGGGAUAACUUACCGAAUUAGAAUGUACAGAUUUUAAUUUCGUCUCAACUUUAGUGAAAGCGCCAUCUAGUAGCCAUCAAAUAAGCCUUUCUAAGGGAUAACUUGCCGUAUUAAAAUGUACAGAUAUUGAUUUCACUCAAUCGUCUCAAUUUAAAUGAAAGCGCCAUCUAGUAAGCAAACGAAGUAAUAUUUGGUCGUCUGUUUCAUGGUUUAAUUAUUUUCUUCUACUUAUAACCAAACAAAGUGAAUCAUAAUUUAACCCGUCAAAAUGUGCACACAAAGCUCCUGGUGCGGAAAGUGCAAUCAAACAGAAUUUCUGAAAGAUAAGCUGCCGUAAUAAAGGUUUCAAUUAUAUUGAAAGCGCCAUCUAGUGAGCGGAGGAAGUACUAACAUUUUGUAAUUAUUAUGGUCGACAAAGUUGUAAACUACCGAUUCGCACAUAAAUGUACCGAGCUGGUGCUAUUAAAAAAUCCUUCUGAGGGAUAGCGUAUUAAAAAAAAAUAAGGUUAAUCCCAUUUUUUUUCAAUUUUAAUGGAAGCGCCAUCUAGUAACUGAAGGAGUACUACAUCUGGUCACCUGUAGAAAUCUUUGUUUCUAUAGGUGACCAGACAACCCUUAGGCCACGAAAUCGCAGAAAGAACUAACUUUUUCUAAUUAAAUCUGUAAGUUUUGAUGAAUAAAUCAUUGUAAUUUGUUUUUUUUUGUACUAGAAAUCCUGCUAAUUUCUCUAUGUCAGAAACCAGUAGGUACUUAAUUAAAAAAAAAAACUUAAUGCUGGCCCGAUGUUACCGCUUUCUGUUAAAUAGGUAUAGAAGUAAAUAUAGAUAUUAAUUUAUUUUUAAUGUAAUAUUUAUGUAUUUAUGUUCUGUAUUGUUCGUUAUUUUAGAAAUAUUGUUUAUUAGCUUUUAAGUUAAAAGGCUAUUUGAUUCUUUAAAUGUCAGUAGCUGGAUAUUUUGGCGUUGUAUGGUUCAAUCAGGCCUUUUAUGAGAGAGGAUUUGAAUCUUGUGCGGGCUUAAGUGAUAACAUUUGAGUCUGUAAGGAUCACCAUGUUUCAAUGUUGUCGAAAAGUCCGGGACAAACAGCUAAAUAAUCGCUACCGCUCUAAAAUAAUUUAUUCUCUUACAAAUGUGUAUAAUAAAUAAAUAUAAUGUGUAACUGAGCAAUAAUGUCUUGUACGAACUAUAGUAAUAAUUAUUGGAGAUGCGCGCUACCGACUAGUAAACGACUAGUCGGUAAAGAAGACUAAUCGGCGACUAGUCGAUAAAUAGUGCCUACUAGUCGGCUUAUUAUUUUAUAUGUAUUUCUCAAUAAUAUUAAGUAUUAAGGGUGAAAAAAUCAUCCUAACUAAAUUUUUUUUUUUUCAUCAUGAUUAAAUUUUAAUUAAAACUCUUUCACUUCCAUUAAUAAUAAAAGUAUUAUCUGUACAAAAAAAUAUAUUUUUCAUCUCACUUGCUUGUAAAAGUUACUUUUGCUUGACUUUACCAGCAAGCAAAAGUCCAUCAAAGCAAAAGUAACUUUAAAUAUUUUUUUAUGUUUUGAGUUGAGAUUGGUCAUUAAAAUAUUCAUAAAAUAGUUAAAAUUAGCGGAUUUAGUUAAAGUUUACAUUAAUUGUCGGCAUCUUUGCAACCGACUAGUCGACUAGUCGGCAAAAUUUAUAGUCGGCGCAUCUCUAAUAAUUACAUAUGUAAUUUUCGAUAAAAAUUGUAGAGGGUUUAUAAAUAUAAUACUUAUAUGUAGCUAUAUACUUAAUGAUUAUGUACAUAGUAUUUUAUGGAGCUUGUUGUCGUAAGGUUUAAAAUUAACUUAUUAAAUAGGUGUUACCUAGAAUUCCUUGUCAAAUUAUACUAAUAUAAUACUUGCUACUCGCCGCUAGGUGGCGGUAGUUGUAUGUCAUCUUUAAAAAUUGUAGAAAACCGUAGAAAGAAAAUGUAUUUCGAUUUUGAUAGAAAAUAAAUUAAAACACCAUACAUAUUUGAUUGUAAGCUAAUCCUUGAUAUUGAAUACAGUUUUUAAUGUACCUACAAUAAUUCAAUUGUCCACUAUUGAUUGUAAAAAAUGUUCUGAUGUCGAUUAUUCUGCCCUGACUUACAGUGAAGGUCAUGUUAUGUUAUUAUUCUAUUUAGCUUAUAUAGUCAGCCAACGAUUUUCUACUAUUAGAUAUGUUAUGUGCCUACACAAUCACCGCAAAAGUCAUGAAAAACGACGUAGUGACUUGUUAUUUCAAUGAUGGACCGAGUUACCUAUAAUGGUAUAAAAUCUUUGUACUCAGCUAUGUAACUUAAAUAAAAUAAUGAAAAACCCAACUCCAAAAAAGACGAUAAUCGUAAAAAAGUAAACAAUUUUUUAAAUAAUGUCAAAAAGUAGUUUGUUAAAAAUUAUCAUAAUAAAAUAGGUGCGAGUGCGAUUUCAUACCUUUUGUUCGAAUGGUGUUUUGGGGUUGUUAUGAAAAAGGAAAAUUUCUGAAUAACCAUUUUUUUUGUACACGUCUAUUUAUUUAUUUAUUUAUUAUUUGGACCACCAACAAAAUUAUAUGUAUACAGAAUUAAAAAACUUAAUAAAUAGGGUAUAGAAACACAUAUAACUUUACUUAAAGGUAGUCACAUCAUGCAUAAAGUGUGCGUACUAACAAUUAAAAAUUAAGUGUUAAAAAAUUAAUUAACAUAAAUUUACACAAAUUAAAAACAGAGAAAGAGAAAAAAAACUACAAUAUACACUUGGAAUUAGUUAAAAAAUAAAAGGAAACUGUUUCACAACUAUUUACUGUUUGUAAUUUAAUACCAAUAAUGUAAAUAAGUUUGAUCUUUUCUUUUUUUUUUAGUCUUUGGUUCAUCCAUUAAAAAAAAAACUUUUUUGACACUGCUCAAAUAUCAGCUACCUUAGUGGUAAUGGCAUUUUCAGACAAGAGCUCUUCUCGGGAAGUGUAUUUGGAUGUAAUGUUCAUGACGUAUGGGAAAUAAACUGCAGAUAUCGCUAGGGUGAUGUACCGCCGCCGCGUUAUUACGUUACUGCUGAUACCUAAAAAUCUUGUAUUUUCCGAAACAUCAUUAAGUUUGCAUAGGGUCGUACAUAAAGCUAUUAAGACGCGUAAGGCUACUUCAGGAGGGUGGGAGGCGCUCGCGGGGUGAUGUACCGCCGCACGAUUACGUUACCGGUGAUACCUAAAUUUUUUUUUUUUCAGCUUAACGCAGGAUGAUCCGAAACGCCAUUUUGUAUCGUAACACUGUUUUGGUCUGACAAUUAAAUAUAAAAGAGAUAUUCACAAUUAACACGUUCGCUGCGUCACUGAUUUUUCUGUACUUUACUUUGGUGCGUUACGAGGUUUUUUGACCUCGUACUAAAACUUGAUGUGGUGUGGUACGAGGUCCGACGACCUCGUAACUCUUGAAGAUGAUAUACUUACGAGGUCAAUUAAUCUCGUACCACACCACAGUUUUAGUGCGAGGUCAAAAAACCCCGUAUUGUACGGUACGAGGUCAAUUAACCUCGUAACACACCACAACAAGUUUUAGUGCGAGGUCAAAAAACCUCGUAUUGCACGAUACGAGGUCAAUUAACCUCGUAACACACCACAACAAGUUUUAGUGCGAGGUCAAAAAACCUCGUAUUGCACGAUACGAGGUCAAUUAACCUCGUAUUGUAUUGGUAAAGUACUGAAAAAUCAGUGACGCAGCGAACGUGUUAAUAUCGUUAUCACCCCAAUUCACCCUUAGGUGAAAGUUGUAUUAAAAUGUAAUAAAUGGUAUAGUAGCGAUAAGAUUAGUUUUACUUCUCAAAGUUCCUGUAUUUGACAAUAUUUAUGUAGAAUUAAUAAUUGUGAUGUGUAUUUUAAAUUAUGUAGAUGUUCAUGUGACAUUUUUUCAUCAGUAUACAUUUUGCAUGUUGUAACUUUGAGCAAGGACUUCGCCGGCCCAAAGCCUAAAGAGGUUGAUGUUUUUUUUUUUUUUUUUUAUUCUUUACAAGUUAGCCCUUGACUACAAUCUCACCUGAUGGUAAGUGAUGAUGCAGUCUAAGAUGGAAGCGGGCUAACUUGUUAGGAGGAGGAUGAAAAUCCACACCCCUUUCGGUUUCUACACGGCAUCGUACCGGAACGCUAAAUCGCUUGGCGGUACGUCUUUGCCGGUAGGGUGGUAACUAGCCACGGCCGAAGCCUCCCACCAGCCAGACCUGGACAAAUUAAGAAAAUCUCAAUCUGCCCAGCCGGGGAUCGAACCCAGGACCUCCGUCUUGUAUAUCCACCGCGCAUACCAUUGCGCUACGGAGGCCGUCAAAAUGUAGGAUGAUGUCAUUGUAGGAUCAGAAAUAAAUAUGUUUUUAUAUUCAUUUAUUUAUUUAUUUAUUUAUUUUAUAGGGUACCAACAGGUUAUGACAAUUAAAAUUGAGUUUUACAAAACAUGGAUUAGUAAGUUGUUGUUUCAUAGACCCACUUAUAGGUUACCUCAACAUGCGUUAUUUAGUACUCGAAUAGAUACAUUAAAUGAAUUAAAAGAAUAUUAAUUAGACUAAUUCGGGAAAAACUGAUUUAGAUAUGCGUUUAUAAAUAUAGAUAUGGGUCUAUCACACAAUUACAUUAUUAACAGAAUUAAACUAAAAUAAAAUAAACAUAAAAAAUACAGUAUAAACUAAAUAAACAUAAAAAAUACAGUAUAAACUAAAUAAACAUAAAAAAUACAGAAUUAAAAUAAAAUAAACAUAAAAAAUACAGUAUAAACUAAAGAUAAAAUUAGUUUAUACUGUGUUUUUAUGUUUAUUAACAUUUAUUUGUUUUUACAAAAAAAAAAAUGUGCGCGAGUAUAUGUAGGAAAUAAGGGUUUCGUUUUUGUACUACGUACGUUGGGAAUCUUAAAAAUUAAUUGAAUUGCCUUCUAAGCAUGAAAAUACUUAUGUAAAGUUAUCUGGAUAUAGUUCGAUUAGAAAAACAACCACUUUCUCAAUUUUUAACCGACAUCAAAGAAAGGAAAUUCGCCAAUUUAGUUUUUGGGUAUACUGUUUCUUUUCUUGUUCCACCUCUAGAAUGCCUUUAAAAAGCCGUAGGAGUAUAAUAAAUGGAAUCCUAUCUUGACAAUGUACAAGACGGAGGUCCUGGAUUCGAUCCCCGGGUAAGCUGAGUGAGGUUUUCUUAAUGGGGAUGAUCACUAGGUUUGAAUAUAUUGAUUUUUAUGAUACAUUCGGGUAAAUAAGAUCAAUGUUAAUUAAUUUAUACAUCUCAAAUAACAAAGAUAUUAGUAAUUUUGUUUGUACGUACAUACAAAUCUAACGAUCAUUACAUUGCCUACGACGUCAUUAGUUCGUACCAUUUUGUAUGAGACGUUUUUCAAGGAUCCGCGGCAGCGCCGCGACCCUUCAAAUCGACCCUUUAAAUCCCUGUAGCUCCGAAAGUAAUGAUCGCAGAUACCCUGUUCCUUUUACAAAAUUGCUUUACUAUUAGCGUACUCUUAAUUUAUAAACAAUUUAAAAAACUGUCAUCAUCCCUACUGGUGAAAGGCUUCGGCCGUGGCUAGUUACCACUCUACCGGCAAAGAAGUACCGCCAAGCGAUUUAGCGUUCCGGUUCAUGUCGUGUACCAAUCACUUACCAUCAGAUGAGAUUGUAGUCGAGGGCUAACUUGUAAGGAAAAAAAGGGGAAAGGGGGCAGAGGUUAGCUGCCCUCAUGGGGUAGCUGCCCCAUGGUGCAACGCCCUUGUCUGUGAAUGUAUACUGAGAUAGAAAUGUGGUUUUAUAAAAUAUUAUGUAUAUUGUAUCAGAACCGGUUGCGAAGGGUAACUAUUUAUUAAAAUAUCGUUGGAUCGAAAAAUCUAGAAUAUUUUCGUGUUUUACUAUUAUAAAUCAAACUGCUUACAGACCAUAAAUUACCAUUAAUUUUAUGAAAUUUAUGUUUGCUAUGAUGUUGCUUGAAAGCUAGGGUUAUAAAGAAUGCUAUGUUAUUCUUUUGUGCCGAGAUCAGAAAAAUAAAAAACCUUCCCAAAGAACCUUUCUGCUUUUUCAACUUUUUUCAAUUUUUUUCAACGUUUUUUUUCAACAACAGUUCGAUUCCUAUAUUGUUUUUCAGAUAUCAUAUACAGUGACGAUUCGUUUCACUCUUGAAAGAAACUUUUGACAGCCUCUGUGGCGCAGUGGUAUGCGCGGUGGAUUUACAAAACGGAGGUCCUGGGUUCGAUCCCCGGCUGGGCAGAUUGAGAUUUUCUUAAUUGGUCCAGGUCUGGCUGGUGGGAGGCUUCGGUCGUGGCUAUUUACCACCCUACCGGCAAAGACGAUUUAGCGUUCCGGUAUGAUGUCCUGUAGAAACCGAAAGGAGUGUGGAUUUUCAUCCUCCUUCUAACAAGUUAGCCUGUUUCCAUCUUAGACUGCAUCACCACUUACCAUCAGGUGAGAUUGUAGUCAAGGGCUAACUUGUAAAGAAUAAUUAAUAAUUAGAUUUUUACUAAACAGAAUAAGCACUUUUGGGGCCCUCAAUCAAGGAUUUUUAUAUUUCUGGUCAGGCAUUAUUUAUUUCCUUUUCGUUAAAAAAAUUAUACAUAUUUUUUUUUUAAUUAACAAUACAUAGUUUAGCAUUCGUUAUUGUAGCCAACCUUUGCGCUGUAAAAUAACGUUUUUUUUUAAAUUCAGUUAAAAAAAAUUAACGGCAUGUACUUAUUAUGCUAAGACCUAAAAAUGUCUUCUUAAAUUUUGAAAAAUGUAAUUUUAAUUAAAUGAUAAUGAGAAAAUUAUAA